AUGUCGACUGGAGGCUACAACGUCCAGGAACUCCCCCCGGACCCAAGAAUCCUGUCCGGCCUGAAAUACCGCGGCUAUCUGUACUAUGUGGCGCAAACGGCGGUCUGGACGUUCCAGGCGUAUUUCGUGCUGCGGCUGGUGUCGAUCCUGACCUCGCCCGUGCAGACAUGGCAGAUGUGGGUGACGCUGGCCAUCGAGGGGAUGUUCGCGCUGCUCUCGCGACAAGACCAGCUCCUGACCGUCGCAUCGGGCCGCGCGCCGCCCAACUCACCGCGCAAGCGACUCCGUCUGCAAGGCGAUGAGAACCUCCCCACCGUCGAAGUCCUGCUGCCCUGCUGCGGCGAGCCCGUCGAGGUGAUCCUGGACACGAUCCGCGCGGCGUGCACGCUGGACUACCCAGUGACCCAGUUCCGGGUGCGCGUGCUGGACGACGGCGGGUCGGCGGCGCUGCGCUCCGCGGUCACGGAGCUGCAACCCACCUGGCCGCACCUCUCGUACCACUCGCGCGGCCGGCAGACGGGGCAGGUGUUCGCGAAAUCGGGCAACCUGAACUACGCGCUGCAGACGCUGCAAGAGAAGACGCAGCCGGAGUUCUGCGCGAUCUUCGACGCCGACUCGAUCGCGGCGCCGGAGUUCCUGCGCGCGACGCUGCCGCAUCUCCUGGCGACGCCCGCGGCGGUCCUGGUCACCACGCGCCAGUACUUCUACAACCUGCCGCGCGGGGACCCGUUCUCGCAGUCGCGGCUGCACUUCUACACCUGCCAGAACACGGAGCUGGAUCUGCAGGGGCGGGCGAUCGACGCCGGGUCCGGGGCGCUGUUCCGGCGGCGCGCCAUCGUCGACGCCGGCGGGUACCCGACCUACUCGUUCUCGGAGGACUGGCAGCUGUCGCUGGUGCUGCAGGGGUUGGGCCAUGAGACGAUCCAGGUGCAGGAGCCGCUGCAGUUCGGGCUCGUGCCGACCUCGCUGGCCGGCCACAUCGCGCAGCAGAGCCGGUGGCACAUCGGGCACACGCAGCAGAACCGCGUGCUGUUCGCCCCCACCAACGCGACCAUGUCCCGCUCGAUGCAGUGGGGGAUCGUACUGAACGGGCUGGCCAUCACGGGCCGGCUGGUCGCCUUGCUCGCGAUUUUUGUGGCGGUGCCCACUCUCCUCCUCACCGCGCAGCCACUAAUCCCCACCACCACCCACCUCAAACCCCAGCUCAUUUUGGCAAUAGUCCACGUCGCACUAAGCUGGCUCUUCGCAGCUCUGCAAUCCGCGCACACAGACUUUCAAAGCGCCCCCUUCGCCCAUUUGGAAAACACCUGGCUCGCCGGAUCACACCUCCUCGCCCUCCUCCGCUUCCACCUAAUCUCCGCCCGGCCGAAAAAAGGCUCCUUCGUCACCGGCAGCACAACCAACACCUCCAACCGCACCGCCGCCCCUACGUUCCUACAGAGCCUGCACUACAACCUUUGGGACAACGGCAUCGGGUUCAGCGUGCUGCUCCUCUGCGUGACGAUCGGCGCAUUCACCCUCGCCCUGGGGCGGGGUGUCUCCGACCCCUCGACAUCGAUGGUUAAGGUCCUGCUCACGGGUGCGGCCUUCCCGCCAAUGCUGCACAUCACCUUCCUCGUGACCUGCAGCCUCCUCGAGCCGGUGGUGCAUCUGCUCGCGCCGCCGGUGUUUCCAGACCGGAAGGCUGGGUUGGAGGUUUCGGGGCGUGGGGUGUGGCAGCCCACCGCGGAGGUGAGGGUGGCGUGCGUGCAGCAGCGGAAGUCGAUGCGGGGGUUUGUGGGGAUGAUUGCGGUGGUGGUGGUCGGGUUGGGGGCGGUGGCGGUGGGGGUUUGGUGGUUGUAG